ACAGGCGUGAGCCACCAUGCCUGGCUGCCAAUUUUUAUUGUAUGAUUUUAUAACUAAAAUUUCAUGUCUAGCAGUGAAAUUCUUCUGUCUUCUUUGUUUAUUUAUCUUCCUUUUAGUCCUUUCUUUCUCCUCGGAUCUUUCCUCUUCUAUCUAUCUCAGUUCCUUCAUUUUCCAUAGCUCUCCAUUUCUCCCAGCAUCUGCUGCUAGUCUAGUCUCCUGGCUCUUAACCUUUUUGAGACACAGACUCUUUUAAUGAAGUGAUGAAGAAAUUUCUCUCUCCAGAAGAAGACACACAGAGAACACAGAAUAUUUUGCUAUUAUUUCAAAGGUAAAGAAUGCCAAGAAGCCAGGGGCAGUAGUUCAUGCCUGUGAUCCCAGCACUUUGGGAGGCUGAGGUGGAAGGAUCACUUGAGCCCAGGAGUUCGAGGCUGGCCUGGGCAACAUGGUGAGACCUCGUCUCUACAAAAAAAUUUAAAAAUUAGCCAGGUGUGCUGGCACAUGCCUGUAGUCCCAGCUACUCAGGAGGCUGAAGUGGGUGGAUUGCUUGAGCUCAGGAGGUUGAGGCUCCAGUAAGCCGUGACUGUGCCACUGCACUCCAGCCUGGGUGACAGAAUGAGACCCUAGCUCUAAAAAACAAAGAAUGCCAAGUGUCUAAACUUUGAGCUCCUUGAGGACAAAAACUAGGUGUUUUUCAUCCUAUAUGCCUAAUAUCUUAGUUGAUGUUUAUCGAGUGUAUGUAAGUGUGCACUUGCCCACAAACACGUAAAUAUUAGUAUAUGUUGUAGAAAAGCUGUUGUCAGGAAGAUAUUUGUACACUCAGGCUUUCCACUAUGAUAGUCACCAGGCACAUGUGAGUACUAAGCAUUGGAAAUGUGGAUUGUCCAGAUUGGAAUGUACUAAUUGUAAAAUAUGCACUGGAUUGCACAGGCUUGGGGCAGUACAAACAAAAGAAUGAAGAUAUCUCAUUAAUAGUUUUUAUGAUUAUUACACAUUGAAAUAAUCAUAUCUUGGAUAUAUUGAGUUAAAUAAAAUAUAUUAUUAAAUUAAUUUUACCUCUUUAUUGUUACUUUUCUAAAAGCAGCUACUAGAAAAUUUUAAAUUAUACAUGUAGUUGCUCAUAGAAGGUUGGUAUCCGGGUUAAUUCAUUAGUGUAGAUUCAUAAACACAGUAAUUUUCUUUAAUUUCAUGGAUUCGUUGAACUAAAGAUCCCAUAGGUCACUGCCUUCCCUGUCCCUCCUCUACCACCAAAAAUUAAUGAGAACAAACGGGAAGAAUUUACUCUGCUUUUAAAGGUACUCUGAUACAGAUUUUUCUCUACUGUCAUAACUAUACCUAGAACAAAAGCACUGUUGACUCAAGUAGUUUCACUAAUGAAAAGGAAGCAGCGGAAUGACUAAUGUAAAUUGGAGGAGGCACUGUUUUAUUUGGAAUGCUUUGGUUCUUCCACUGUGGAACAAGUGUGGCUGCAGUUGAAACAGCAGAGUCAUACUAGGCAUAUCUGAUGUGUGAGGAACCGGAGCAUUGCUCAGGGGCCCCUGCCUUCCGAUGAAUGGAUGUAGGAUCCAUCAUACAUCAGAUUGCUCCUCUCCAAUACAAACUCUGAUGCAGAAAUGCACUUGGUGUCGUUGCUUUUUCUUACUUUGUGGUUUAGGGCAGAAAUAAUAUUUUGGCUUAGAGACUUUUCUCCUGAACUAUGACAUAAUAGGAUAAGAAUAUUGUGUCAAAAAUAGCCUUACAAGGUCCUUUUUGGCAUUAAGACUUCUGGAGUGAGUUUGCGGUAGAUUAUUGAGAACAAUUCUGUUCAUUAGCAGCUAGCCAUCUUUGAUGAGUGCUGACUUCUCUCCUUUCAGCACAGAGUGGGAAAUGGCUGCCUCCCAUGACUCUGGGUUGGAGUGAAGGGGAAUGCAUACCAGCCACCCUCUUGCAGAGGUGGGGCAGGUGCUGGCAUAGAGCCUCAGGUUAGGCCGAGGGGAUGCAGUCUCAGGCCAGCAGCCGGCAGUGUUUGUAAACAACAGGAGGGAGAUUGUGCUGGUGAUGUCCAACUCACGCCAAUGAAGAUCAACCGUUUGCACUUUGGGCAGCAGGCUGCAGAUAGACAUUGCCUCCUGAGGGCAUCGCCUUGUGUUAGGGAUCCAUGUUGUAGGAUGCCUGCCUGCAAGAGAGAGUCUAGGAAUGCUUUUUAAGCCCCUGGAGUUCAGGCCUGGCAUCUGGGUGUCAAGUAGAGUGAACCUCCUGAAGUCCAAACUAACAUGACAUUUUAAAAUGAGGAAAACAAACAGCUCUGAAAAGGUCUAUAGGAUUAUAGAUAAGUGGUUAAUACGGAAGAUGUUAUAAAGGGCUCAGGAGGUGAUGGGGUGAUCCAGGGUUGGUUGAAGUCAUUGAAAUUGAAUUACCCUGUCUUUUACCCGUCUGUGGAAAAAAAGAGGAAAACGACAUCUCCCAAAGAUGCUUGGAGAUUUGAUUGAUGUUUGUAAAGUGCUUUGAUAUCUUUCAUAGAGUGUCCAAUAAGAGCAAAAUAUGUCAUCAGAACUUAGUCUAAAGCAAACUAUUCUAAACCAUCUUGAGUAGAUACUAGGCAGUUAAUGUCUUCGUUAUAAGUUGUACUUAUGUUUUUGAGAGAAAGUUUUUCAUGUUCUGAUUUUCUUUUAAGUAUCAGCUGUAUGCUUGGUGUCUUUACCUGUUAGCUUGAGUUCCAACAUGCUCUGUAGAUGGUCCGUCACCUACAGAGGACAAUUUUUCUAGCCAAGCAGUAAAUCCACCUUAAAAUGCUUCUUGCCAAGGACAAUGCCUUUGCAAAUAUUUGAGAUGUUUAUUCUCAGUUGUGAUUUAUUACUGAAUCUGUGUCUUCAUAGCUACUCCUUGGGAGGUGCAGAAGGAGGCAGAGCCAGAAAGCAAGUCCCUGCAAUCAGUUCAUUAUAGAGAAAGAAAAAGCUGUUAUUUCAGGGUUCCGGUGGAUAGACUUUCCAAUAUGUAUGUUCUCUAUUUAAUUUCAUGUAGUGCUGCAUCUAAUCACGCUGUUUAAUCGAAUAGAAUGUCCUUUUGCUUUGCUUUUGCUUGUAAAGAGCACACAGCACUGCCACCUUGUUGCCAAAGUUUGGUCUGAUUUGAAUGUGCUUAAAAAUCAAGUGAAUGCCUGUUAGGAAAAAGCUUACUCCUUCUCUUUGUCAGUACUUGCAAAAACAACUUAAAAGAAGUUAGCAUUAUUGGACUGAAUUCAGUAAUUAGCAUAAUCAUGAUGCUAUGUAUUGUUCACCAGGGCACGCCCCUUGGCCGCAUUUCCCAUUAAGAGGACACCGAUGUUGUCCUAGUGAAUAAAUCCCGGCACACAUGAUGCAAAUCAGCGUGUUCCUGCCUGCCGCUUGGCUGCGGUUAAUUUUAGCCGGGGUUAGUUCUAUGAGUUGUAAAAGUAGAAGUUAGCAAGCUGAAAUGUGACUUCUCGGCCUAAUGUGAUAGGAUAUCUAUUUUAGACUUCAGAUUGUGUUUAUGAUCAGGAGAGCAGUCUUCUGAAGAAUUGUGGCUCAGUUUUCUUGGAAACUACUUGAGGAGACAUCACAGCUUUCCCAGAUCAGGAGGAAAAAUAUGGAAUGUGUUUUACCGCUGACUGAACACAACCAAAUGAACUGUCCUGACAGUAGUUUGCAAACCAGCAGCUAGCAGUUUGUCCAGCCUCUAACAUUGUCCAGCACUUUCCAGAGCAAACUCACUGUUUACAAGAACUCUUGGCCUUACGAAGUUUAUAACCUCAAGCUUUGUUUAUUUAAAAUAUUCCUGCAAAAGAAAAGUACCCGGCACCCACUUUCCAAAAUGGCCAUGGAUGAGUAUUUGUGGAUGGUCAUUUUGGGUUUCAUCAUAGCUUUCAUCUUGGCCUUUUCUGUUGGUGCAAACGAUGUUGCCAACUCCUUUGGUACGGCCGUGGGCUCUGGUGUGGUGACCUUGAGGCAGGCGUGCAUUUUAGCUUCAAUAUUUGAAACCACCGGCUCCGUAUUACUAGGAGCCAAAGUAGGAGAAACCAUUCGCAAAGGUAUCAUUGACGUGAACCUGUACAACGAGACAGUGGAGACGCUCAUGGCUGGGGAAGUUAGUGCCAUGGUUGGUUCCGCUGUGUGGCAGCUGAUCGCUUCCUUCCUGAGGCUUCCAAUCUCAGGAACGCACUGCAUUGUGGGUUCUACUAUAGGAUUCUCGCUGGUCGCAAUCGGUACCAAAGGUGUGCAGUGGAUGGAGCUUGUCAAGAUUGUUGCUUCUUGGUUUAUAUCUCCACUGUUGUCUGGUUUCAUGUCUGGCCUGCUGUUUGUACUCAUCAGAAUUUUCAUCUUAAAAAAGGAAGACCCUGUUCCCAACGGUCUCCGGGCACUCCCAGUAUUCUAUGCUGCUACCAUAGCAAUCAAUGUCUUUUCCAUCAUGUACACAGGAGCACCAGUGCUCGGCCUGGUUCUCCCCAUGUGGGCCAUAGCCCUCAUUUCCUUUGGUGUCGCCCUCCUGUUCGCUUUCUUUGUGUGGCUCUUCGUAUGUCCGUGGAUGCGGAGGAAAAUAACAGGCAAAUUACAAAAAGAAGGUGCUUUAUCACGAGUAUCUGACGAAAGCCUCAGUAAAGUUCAGGAAGCAGAGUCCCCAGUAUUUAAAGAGCUACCAGGUGCCAAGGCUAAUGAUGACAGCACCAUCCCGCUCACGGGAGCAGCAGGGGAGACGUCGGGGACCUCAGAAGGCACCUCUGCAGGCAGCCACCCUCGGGCUGCGUACGGAAGGGCGCUGUCCAUGACCCAUGGCUCUGUGAAAUCGCCCGUCUCCAACGGCACCUUCGGCUUCGACGGCCAUACCAGGAGCGACGGUCAUGUGUACCACACCGUGCACAAAGACUCGGGGCUCUACAAAGACCUGCUGCACAAAAUCCACAUCGACAGGGGCCCCGAGGAGAAGCCGACCCAGGAAAGCAACUACAGGCUGCUGCGCCGUAACAACAGUUACACCUGCUACACCGCAGCCAUCUGCGGGCUGCCAGUGCACGCCACCUUCCGAGCCGCGGAGUCAUCGGCCCCAGAGGACAGCGAGAAGCUGGUGGGCGACACCGUGUCCUACUCCAAGAAGAGACUGCGCUACGACAGCUACUCGAGCUACUGCAACGCGGUGGCAGAGGCGGAGAUCGAGGCGGAGGAGGGCGGCGUGGAGAUGAAACUGGCGUCAGAGCUGGCCGAUCCUGACCAGCCACGAGAGGACCCUGCGGAGGAGGAGAAGGAGGAGAAGGACGCGCCCGAGGUGCAUCUCCUGUUCCAUUUCCUGCAAGUCCUCACCGCCUGUUUCGGGUCGUUUGCUCACGGCGGCAAUGACGUGAGUAAUGCCAUCGGUCCGCUGGUAGCUUUGUGGCUGAUUUACAAACAAGGCGGGGUAACGCAAGAAGCAGCUACACCCGUCUGGCUGCUGUUUUAUGGAGGAGUUGGAAUCUGCACAGGCCUCUGGGUCUGGGGGAGAAGAGUGAUCCAGACCAUGGGGAAAGACCUCACUCCCAUCACGCCGUCCAGUGGCUUCACGAUCGAGCUGGCCUCAGCCUUCACGGUGGUGAUCGCCUCCAACAUUGGGCUUCCAGUCAGCACUACGCACUGCAAGGUGGGCUCGGUGGUGGCCGUGGGCUGGAUCCGCUCCCGCAAGGCUGUGGACUGGCGCCUUUUUCGGAACAUCUUUGUGGCCUGGUUCGUGACCGUCCCUGUGGCUGGGCUGUUCAGCGCUGCUGUCAUGGCUCUUCUCAUGUAUGGGAUCCUUCCAUAUGUGUGAUUUGUCUUCUUCCAGCUGCAAACAGCUAAAGGGAUGGUCUGGUGUGGGCGUGUGGGAAACACGUGCCCUCGUGCCACACAUACCCAUCCUGGCCUUGCACGGCUCUCAUGACCAGCUCUCUGCCUCCCUUCCAGGAGGCUCCAUCCCACACCGUUCACCCGGGCUGCGGAGACUCACCUUCUCGAGCUAACUUAACUACUGUACAUAAUAAUAUGUAUUAAACUGGUAUCCUGGUGAUAUAAUGUGGUGCAGUUACUUAUGUAUUAAAUAUCUAUUGUAUCCAUAGAAUAGGCAGCGUUAUUUCAAACAUAUUCAAGUUGGAAGUGGAAAUCAUUGCCUAGAAGUCAAUAUUCAGUAAAUCUUGUACAUAACUAUUUCGAUGGCAAAUGUUAAGCCUUUUAAAAGGAAAGAGUAGAUUGGAAAAUGAUUUUUUUCCAAAUGAUGUUUUUCCCUUCUAAUAUACUAUAAGGUGAUGAGCUUCAGGACAGGCGACACGACCCUGCAGAGGCCGCGUGCCAUGGGAUGCCAGCGGGAUGGGAGCUCACAAGUGCUUUCACUGAAGAUUUGUUCAUAUAUUGUGUAUUGAUUCUUGUGUAAUAUAUCAUCAUUGCUUUUGUAAAUACGUAAAACUGUAAUUUUUUAAUGGUGUGCUUCCCUUAUACUUUUUUGAUCAGAGAAUUUUGGAAAGUACCAAAGAAGCAGGGGAAUCGUUGGCCAGUGUUACAUUUUCACAUUGUCUGUCUCCCACCCUCACUGAUCAUGCCUGCCCCGGAGCAGCGUGUGGCGGUGACACCGUCACCCAGCAUGCACCACGCCGUGGCUCCCACCAGCAGUGCCACCGCCGCCACCACACCCCAGAUCCCGCCCGCCCUGCAGUGGCCUUUCCUUGUCAUCAGAGUAGAGAAUGCACAGGUGUUGGUGAGGGUGUGCGGCUGAGCACUACAUGUCAAGUCCAGGGUCAGUUUUCAUCCCAAUUCUCCCGGCAGCCCGAAGAAUGGAUCCUUGUCUCAAAUGUCAGCACAAAGGAGGCUUUUUCUGUGCUUUGACAUUCUAGCAGUUCAGGGAUGGGAGGGAGGGGAAAUCCUGGACGCUGGAUGGAGUAUUUCUCUGAGGCCCACACAAAGCUGGACAUCCCCAGGCUCUACUCUAUCCCAUUGGAGUCUCUUCUUUUUUGAUAGCGGGAGGGAGGAAGUACGACUAAUGUUGGAGCCUGAAACUAUGGAAAUGCUGCUAAAAUUUUUAUAUUGACAAACAUUUUCUUGGUACUUCAUUGUGAUUUUUCAUUAAUCAACCAUAUUAAAUUUAUAAUAAAAAAUGCCCCUCGGAA